AGCUCUUCGAACCGAGAAACUUCUAUGGGAAGGCUGCUUUCACAAACUACAAAGGAAACGGCUCUUUUGUUCUUGUCACGAAACUGUAAAAAUAUCAUUGCGACUUUUCUCCAAAGUAACCCCCUGACACUCAAAGAGCUGGAGAUUCUGGCACCAAAUUUUGAUAGAAAUUAUGAACUAGGUACAAACAUUGGCAUAAUUUCUAGCCAACUAGCUAGCGCUUUUGCUCGUAUAUCUAUUAGUUUUUUUAUUUUGCGAGGUUCGCGGGAGGAACGUCAAAGAUGCAUGACUGGGCGGCUGAUGGGUGCUGUGCCCCAGGUUCCCUGUGGGCCCUUCACCUCUUUGCAGGAGCGGCCAAAUGGUAGCUUAUGCUCAAAAAAGGAAGCAGGCUAUAUCAUGUUGCCAAUUAGGAAAGAACAAUCGCAGCUAGUUAAGCUUGUAAAUGAAAACCGGGUGGUAGUUGUCGCCAGCCACCAAGGAUGUGGAAAGUCAACGCAAAUACCUCAGGUUGGUUGUAAAUUGGUUUCAACAUCCACGGUUUGGUCAAUACGAAUUCUACUUGAAGAUUGUCAUGCGCAUUCGCAGCGAUGUCGCAUAAUUUGCACGCAGCCGUGCCGCCUUUCUGCUCACGCAAACGCUGAUCGUGUUGCUCACGAACGCAGCGAAAUCGUCGGCCAAUCGGUUGGCUACCAAAUUAGACUAGAAUCAAAAGUUUCUCCUAAAACAGUACUCACCUUUUGUACACAUGGUGUUUUGCUGCGUACAAUAUUCGCCGAUCCUACUUUCCUCAAUGCCACCACACACAUCCUCGUUGAUGAGAUUGACGAGGAGGAUCUGUUUUCACGCAAACUUACCGCCGAGGGCCGAGAGGUUCGGCUGCCAAUAACUCGGGACACAAGCAAGCACACUUGCAAUCUCUUACUCGGCACUCUGCACCGCAUUCUUGCACAAUAUCCCCACCUUAGGCUUAUUUUAAUUGUUAACUUGAAAUCAACCUCCUGCAUUUCUUCCAAUGGGCAUUAUCUUCAAUUAUCCCUAAACGCAGAGUCAAUCUCAGUUGAGUGGAUUCCUGUUGACUACAAACACUCUGAGACAGGCAUAACCCCAUUGAUGCUAUUCUCGGCGGCGGGUCUCUUGGAAGUAGUGGAGCGGCUGCUACAUCUGGGUGCAGAUGUGUUUGAGCGGGUACCGCUCCCGAGGGCGGCCCUGCCUCCAGACCUGGUUACCCUAGGCACUGACCGCGCCGCACCCACUCACCACUCGUUGCACCACCUCUCCAUGAUUGGUGCCAACGCCUUCGAUCUUGCCCGUCUCUACGGUCACGCACUCGUCGCUGACCUCCUCAAAGCACACAUGCAAGUGGCUGCUCGUUCUCUCGACCAUCCACUGGACGAUUGGGAAGGUAACCUGCUGCGCUUCGGAUGUUGGUUUGCUAAUCCAAUGGUUCGUAUGCCAAAUCUCUUGCAACCGGCAAGGAGUUCGGCACUUGAACGAAAUUACAGUAAUUGGGUUGAACAGCAUUUUAGUGGAUUGAUGAAGCACAGGUUUUAUCAAGUGGCUCGGAACUGGGUUGGAUCUGGGUCAACAGUUGAUUUUGAACUCCUUGUUCAGCUCAUUUCUAAGGUGGAUUCUGCUCUGGCACCAGCAGACCUGAAGCAAAUAUUUAUGCAGCCUCCUACUGGUGUUCGCAAAAUAAUCCUGGCAACAGAGAUCGCUGAGAGUAGUGUAGCGAUUAGUGACAUCGCUUACGUCAUUGAUACAGGUCUUGUCAGAAAGGAGGUUUGUCUUCAUGCUAAGUUGCUUAGUCCUCCUGGAGAAAAUUUGAACUCUUGCUUCCAGUCACUGCCCUGCGCACUUGACCCUCUUGCAUUGAACCAGAGCAUUCGGAGUUUGCGUGUCAUUGAUGCGAUGGACAGCUCCGGCGACCUGACCGAACUGGGCUCGCACAUGUGCGAUCUCCCACUUCCACCCAGAUAUUCGAAAAUGGUCCUUGUGAGCAUUGCGCUGAAGUGUGUUGAUCCCAUUCUUACCAUUGCGUGCAUCUUGGCCAGUGAAAAUCCCUGUCAGUUGCGAGCCUCAGGGUUUGUGAAGGCACGCGGAAGCGGAGACAUUCGCGACCUCAACACACACUCUGAAAACUGGGCAGUUGUCAAGGCCGCUUUGGUUGCAGGCAUGUACGACAACCUGGCACAAGUUGACUCGAAAUCAGGCAACCUCAUAGUUUCUGCGUCAUCUCGCAAUGCUUCGGAAGUGAGAGCCUCUAAAACUCCCUAUUGGGUACACCCAAGCCCCCUAUCAGUGCUGGCAACAAAUCUUACCGAUAGCUCCCCGGUAGACCUGAAGCAACUCCCUUCUCAUUGGCUAGUUUAUGACAAGUUAAUUGGUCAGUGUCCAGUAGCUUUGGAUUCUCGACAGUCGAACUACGAGUUUCUCAGCAACAGAAGUCGAUUACAGAAAGACCAACCACUUACAAUGGCGGAUAUAGAGCGUAUUUUAAAAAACUUUAACACAGAGGUUCCUCGUCUCGAAGCCUUAGGAUUACGUCAAUCUGAAGGCAGUAUUAUGAAGAUACAAGAGGCAAUGUUAGUGGAGCACCAGUCUGUGAAAGAAAGAACUCCACCUAAGCACACUGUUGUGCUGCGUCUUGAUGGACCGAAUGGCAUCCUCGCCUAUGAAUGUGAACUGGAAGUGGCUCGGUUGAUAAGCGAUCUCAGACAAAAAUGGAAUUCAUUGUUACUACGUCGUUUGAGGAACCCCGGCAAGCCGUCUCAGCAGCAGGAUGAGGCUCUCCUUUCAACUAUUGUGGCAGUCCUGUCAGCAGAAGAGCAAGUGCUGGGUCUCCGGCAGCCAACAGGCGUUGGUGCGCGACCCCGUCCCAUGGCCACAGAGUUGUGCAAUCAGAAUGACACUGUUACAACUGCCUCCAAUGUCACCGGAUCGCUUUCUUCUCCUACUCCCGUUGGUGAGGGCAUUGGCGAUGGUCACAAGGGAGAAGCUCCUACAGAAAGACCAAUAACCCCCGCAGCCGUACCGCAUCUUCCUCAGACAUGCAAACAGCCAACCGGCAUUUCAUUGAGCACCUUCGCGUUAUUUCAGGAAGGGAGCAACUGGGACAACACCUUUAGUGGUGGCGAAUGGAAUGAUUCAAAUAAACGCAAACAUCCCCACGACGCUUCGUGCGUUGUCUUACAACAAGAACGACUUCAAAUGCGAGGUGACGGUUUGACUGACAGUUUUGCUCAGCUAAAGCUCGCUGAUUCACAGUCAUCAGUGCCGGACUUCUCAGUUACAUAUUGCAAGUUUGAAGAGGCGCAAACACAUCAGAGAAUUUGCCAGCAGCAAAACCAGUGGAGUCAACGGUGCUGUGGUAUGUCACGUUCACCUCAGGUGAUGGGCGACGACAAUGGCGCAUAUCCAUCUGGGAUUAAUGCACGGCCACUAAUGAACGCCAGCACUUAUGCUGACAGAGGCAGCACCGAUAACUUUCGUCUGUUGAAUCCCAACAUCCAAUGUGGAUCAUUGCAACCUUUAGGAUAG